AUGACACUAUAUGCUAAGUUUGUUAAGCCUGCCUUCGAUGAUUUUAUUCUUCCAUCCAAAAAGUAUGUUGACAUAAUCAUACCUCGUGGGGGAGAUAAUCGUGUAGCAAUUGACUUGAUCGUUCAACAUAUCCGCACUAAGCUUGGCCAACAUAACCUCUGUAAGAUAUAUCCAAAUUUACAUGUGAUACAAUCUACUUUCCAGACUAGAGGCAUGCACACUCUUAUUCGGGAUACAGAAAUAUCCAAGCAUGACUUUGUUUUUUAUUCAGAUCGGCUAAUUCGUUUGGUUGUGGAAGAUGGUCUUGGUUACUUGCCAUUUACAGAAAAACAAGUUAUCACACCUACAGGAUCAAUUUAUAUUGGAGUUGAUUUUUGUAAGAAACUGUGUGGAGUAUUUGUUAUUCGAAGUGGUGAAAGCAUGGAAAAUGCUUUACGUGCAUGCUGUAAAGGAAUAAAAAUAGGAAAAAUUCUCAUCCACCGUGGAGGUGAUGAAACUCAGCUUAUUUAUGAGAAGCUCCCUAAAGACAUUUCAGAGAGACAUGUUCUUCUCAUGGACCCAGUACUUGGCACAGGUCACUACAUAAGAUUGGAAAACAUUAACAAUCAUGUUCGAAUGUACAAAUCCUUAUCGUGGUACUCUCAGGCUGGGACUCCUAUUGUUAAAGUCAAUACUUCUUAUAAUGCAGAAGGACAUACAUUUUCCUUGGAGAUUAGUCAAGAGAUACCACCAACUCCAGGGCAGUCAGUUAAGGAACCCACAUUUUCCCUUAUUCGAAAAUCUUAA